AUAAACAAAAAUAUGCUGCGCACAAUAGACGCGUCCGCAGGUCCGUCGUGAGCUCUCGGCUUACGAGCGAGAGCUUAGCUGCCCCGGGGGCAUGGAGGCGGGUCCGGGUCUGAGCCUAUUCCAGGGCUCGGAGAGCAUACAGCUGAACGCGGCGGCGCAGGUACUCGAGGAGGAUGAGGAGCAGGAGGCGCAGGAGGACCAUAGGCGACUCGACGACGAGAUCCAGGAUCGCCUGGACAAGGAGUUCGACGAUUUGGAAAACGAUUACGAUGCCAGUUCCAUCAAUAGUAGUCAUUAUCAGGACAACACCACCAGAGACGCCGAGCGUACCGAUGCGAUGGUCAACUCCGGCCUGGAGUCGAUCACGUCUGCCAAAAGUCAGGUAGCCGUGGCGCAUCCGCAAAAUGAUGGUUUUGGUGUUUACGAUCGGGCGGAGAACAAUUACGAUUGCGUGGAUAAUCUGAACAAUUACGAUCGCGUGGAUAAUCUGAACAAUUACGAUCGCGACGUGAUAACGAAUCAUAGAUCCGAUUCCGAGACCGGGAUCGCGCAGCCCGACUGCGAUUUGUACAGGCAACAAACGGGGACGCCGUACAACAACAAUCGUUACAACGACAGUAACAGCAUCAUGGAGACGCCGUACGAAUUGGCGAAACCGCCGACCGGAUAUCCCCGCAAGUUGCACCCGCCACCGCCGCCGCCGUCGGCGGCCGAGGAGUGCACGUUCGGCGAGAAUUACCCUUGCAACUACGAGACGCCAUCCAAUCAUUACAAUACUCACAUACCCCGGAAAUACUCCAAUAACGGUAUUAACGACGUAUAUGAAAAUAAUGUACAAAGUAAGCAGAUUCAUGAGUUUGGCGGAGGCGACAACGCUACCUCGGAUCACAUGAAUCAUUGUUAUAAGACUAGUCCGAAUGGCAGGCCAGUAGACGACGAUGUAGCAUACAAAUCGGCCGAGUAUAACAGUAAGGAGCAAUUGGAAGUAUUGUAUACGGUCAGGAUGAGGGAGAUUAGUCGCCUGAGGGAAGAGCUGCAGCAGUUGCGGCAGGAGAAGGAGAACGAAAAUACCCAAAUGAACAGGCAAUUGAUGCUGUUACAAGCGGAAGCCGAACAAAGCAGCAUAUCGCGGGAUCAGGCGCAACAGGCAUUGAUUGAUGCUAAGGUUGAGAUAACUGGUCUGCAAAGGCAAAUGGAAUUUGCGAAAGAAAAGAAUGCAGUUUUGGAGAAGACGAAUCAAAACAUAACGGAAGAACUGAAAAUCGCGAGGGGUUCUGUCAUGGACUUGCAACAAAAGAUUGCUGUCCUGGAAAGAGCACAGGUGUUGCAAACGAAUGACAGGACGCACGAGAAGUUUUUGGAGCAGGCGCAGGAAAAACAUGCGGUGGAGAUGAAAAAUAUGCAGACGCAGAUAGAUGUUCUUACCGGCAAAUUAAACGCCAAGGAAUCGUCAUAUAUCGCUCUUGAACAUAAAUUGGACGAUGCGCGAAGAGCGCAUGAGGCCCUCAUGGUAGAGAAGGGUGACACCAUGAAUCGAUUGGCACAGGCGCUGCAAGACAGUCAAACUCAAUGUCGCAAUCUCAUGGCCACUAAUAACGCUCAGCAGGUGAUGCAGCUGCAGGCGCAAGUGAAAAUAUUGACUCAGGAAAAGGAAGCUCUGCAUAAAAACGUACAAGAGUUACAGAAUAAAUUGGAGCUAGCUAAAAACGACGUUGCGCAAUACGAUUUAUUAUUGGCUACUACUCUGGAGGAUGAAUCUGACUCGAUCAGACAGAUGAAACUGAGCAAACUUUAUAAUAAAUCCAAAUCGAAACCCAUCGAUGACGUCUCGAACAAAUUGAGAGGUGAACUACAUAGAUGCUUAGCUGGUCAAACUGCGAAGAGAACAGAAAUAAAUCGUUUAGAGAACACUCUCUCGCAGAGAGAAGAGGAGUUAGACAAAGCUUUGAUCUCACUUGACGCAAGCCGUCAGGAAGCAGCGCAGAAUGCCAAGCGAAUAAAUGAGUUAGAACAGGAAUUGAGAUCUGUAUUAACGGACGAGGCCGUGAAAGCGAACGCGAAAAUACAGAAGCUCUCGGAUCACCUGAAUGACGUGAGGAAACAGUACGAGUUGUUGCGCGAAGAAAAGAUUAUUUUGGAAAAAAAAUUAGAGGAGGCUUUAGCUGUUAAUCAGGAGAAGCUUCAAAAGAUGCAUCAGGAAACUAUGGAGCAGCAAGAAAAAGAAGCUAUCGAUGAGUAUAACAACGAGUACCUGGAGAUACACGCUAAAGCCGUAGAGAGAGUGAAGCAAGAAGCACAAAUCGAAAUAGUACAAUUGUCUGUACAAUUAGAGCAAACACAAAAAGAGUUAGAUCGUGUAAAAGAAAUGUACAUAGACGUCUGCGGGACGAAGGAACGAUUAAUAAACGAGCAUAAAAAUGAAAUUAAAGAGCUGACAAAUAAAUACGCUGAAAUAGAAUCGCAUCACAAGGACAUGGAGAAAUUGAAGAGCGAUUUACAAACGCAAGUUAAACUGUGUAAUAAGUUGACUAAGGAAUGCGAGGCCUUUAAAAGCCAAAUAAUCGAAUUGGAGAAAGAUCUUGUGCACGAAAGGAGAAAAAAGGAGGAUCAUGUAAAAAAGAUACAUUCAGAAAUAGAAAGGGCGAAAGAAGAAGCGUUACACGAACUACGAAACGCGCAUCCGAAUCAAGAGAUAAGCCUUCUUCUUCCGGACCAUUGUUCCGAACAUCUCGAAAAAAUUAAUCAGUUGGAGGAAGAUUGUAAACGCUUGGAAGAGAAGCUGCAAAUCGCUGUGCAAGAACAGAAAAAAUUAUCCGAUUACCAAACCGAAUUGAACAACGCCAAAUUGAAAGUAGCGCAAAUGGAGAUCACGCAGGAGUCGUGGAAGAAGAAAUACGAUAAGGUUGACAGUGAGAGAAAGGAUCUUCUCGCAAAAGUUUCCAAAUUAGAUUUGGAACUGUUGAAUUUGAAACGCAUCGCGAAGCUGGAAGACUCGGACGACGUCAAAUUAAAAAUUGUUCGGUUCCAAACGGACAACGAGACACUGAAAAAUCAAUGCGACAAUCUGCUCGGCGAGAAGAAUACCUGUAAAGAGAAGAUCUCUGAAUUGGAAACUGAACUCUUCAACGUGAGAAAAAAAGUUAGCAGCCUCGAGGAAAGGUUACGGAAAAGCGGCGAAAGUAAGUCAGUAAAUUCAAAGAGUGAAUUGGAGAAAGAACUCUCUCAGUACAAAGAUUUAGUCGCACAAUUAUCCAGGAGUAACUCGAAAGAAGGACGCGCGAGCGAGCUAGCGCUGGAACAGAGGUUGCAACAGCUCGAGCACGAGUUACGAAGCAAGGACGAAAACCUGAGUAGACUGUUGAAAGAUUUGGAGAAGAUAAAAGACGAGAGAGAUCAACUGUUGGUGAAAUUGCGCAACCAAGCCAAGCAAUUCGAGCAAUAUGUCAAGAGCCAGAGCAAAGUGUCCGCGGAAUUGAAUUUGUCGCCUCGUAGUACGAGCGACAGUACGGAUUUUCAGAAGAUGAAGGAGAUUAUGGCGAAAGAGAUGCGGGAAGGGAUGGAGCAGAGAGUAGCGAAGGAGCUCAGAGGGAUCGGCGAGCAGAAUAGAAAGGAGCGGGAAGAGUUGGAACGAAAGUAUAAAAUUACCGUGUUGGAGUUGCAGAAGAAGUGCAGCGAGAAGGAUCGGGAGAUGGAAGCUUUGCGAAAAGAGAUAAUGACGGAGAAAAUGAAGGUCGAUCAACUCAGUCAGAUCAGUCAGAAAAUAGGAAGCAAACUGGAGACCUGCAACCAACAGCUGCAAGCGCAAAAGCUGCGCAUCGAGAAACUGAAUAUGGAUCUGCAGACGAAGGAGAAUCAAGUGGAGGAGGAUAGAAACUACAUGGCCGAGAUAAUGAUCAAAUGGCUCGCUGAACUGAAAGAGAGCAAAGCUAAGGAGAAGGAGAAGGAUGAGGAGAUACAGAAGCUGAGGUCCGACGAUAUAAUGACCAAAUGCUUCGCUGAAUUAAAAGAGAGUAAAGCUAAGGAGAAGGACAAAGAUGAGGAGAUACAGAAGUUGAGGUCCGUCGAGGGAAAAUUGAACAGCGAUAUCAAGAUUCUGCUGGACAAGCAGAGACAUCUGAUAAACAAGUAUCUAAAGGCGAAACAGACCGCGAACAAUUACAGGAGCUAUGCAUUGUCGAAUAAGGAGUUUCUGUUGCGUGAAUGUAAACGCGUCGAGGAGGGAUACAAAAAGGCCAUCAAAGAAGUACAACAAAGCUGUCUGGCGCACGACGAGCAGUACGUCGCGAAAGCCAAGAGGCUUGAGCAUCAGCAUGCAGAAAAAAAGGAACAAAUGGGACUUACACUGAAGUACAAAGAUAAAUGUUGAAGUACGUACGAAAUAUUCUCUAAAUUAAUGCAAUAUAGCUUUUCUCCGGUUAAGAUAAAGUAGUAGUUUACAGAGGCUAGAUAUCUUUUUUUUUUAAAUAAUUUAAAGCACAUUAUUGUACAACAGUUUAUUAGCGGAGUUUUAUGUUAGGGACCAAUAUACGUGUAAGUAAAUCAUAUAAUACCGGUAAAGUUAUAUUACCGCGUUUGCUUGCCAAUCUCGAGUCUCGACGAAGCGGCGGACGUUAAGCGUAGCUCUAAAAGCUAUAAACAUCUGAAGUACAAGUAUCUUAAUCGUAUUGUAACGGUACUGUAUGCAUAUUAUUAGUUGAUAGGGAAAAAAAAGCGUUUUUAUAUUAACCAAUAUUGUACAGUAGAGUCUCUAUUCUGGAGUAAUCGUUGGGAACCGUUGGGGAAGCUGCCCCUCCGUAUCACUCUUUCUCAUUCUAUUCAUCUCGUUUUGCGGUUACAUGACAAAUACGUGGAGGAAGAGCGGCGCAAGGGAAUGACUGUUCUAGAAUGUAGAGAGAUCCGCGAAAUGAAGGAAAACGGAAUAGAGGUGUUCUAUUGUACAUCACAAUUUUGCAAGUCGUCUGCAACUUGGAGGCAGAAGGCGGUUAGUACGCAGGCUCGCGAACAAAAAAGGGAAAGCUUUAGUCACGUGUUUCCGCUGAGCAUUAUUAUGACAUAAUAAGCAAGACUGGAUCUCUUUGUCGGAUCUCUCUCUCUCCCUCCCUCCCUUUCCCCUCUUUCUCUCUCUCUCUCCCUCUCCCCUCUCUCUCGCUCGCUCUCUCUCUUUUUUCUUCUUGUCCUCUUACGGAAGUAAGCGCGAUAAAGAGAGAAAAUCAAAACAUAGUUGUUAAGGAAAAACAUUUAAUCUUUGCUCCUGCCCCCCCUUUUUCUCCUUCCCUCCCGCGUAGCGAACUGAAAAUUAUCUCGCCGCUCGGUCAACGUUUAUUCUCGAGCAUUAGGCGUUUGUUUACAUAUUUUGCGUGCACAGCGCGCUAGGAGGAACAUGAAUAAUAUCGGGAUUGUACAUACAAAAUAUGACUGACGGAAAUUUGCUUUGCAUGUUUCAUGUUUUGUCUAGAAUAAAAUUCGGACUGUAAUGAACAUUUUUUAGCGCGUUAGACAGCAGGACUGAGUAACGAAGAUCUACGUUAUCUUUAAUCUUAAAUGACUUGAAAAGUAUAUUUAAGUACAAUCGUAACAAUUAGAUCUGAAGUAUUUGUUCGUAUCUUUUUUAAUUUUAAAAGUUUGACGAAAAUUGAAUCUAAGAUUGAUCUAAUCGAAACAAGACACCAAAAUUUAUAUUAAACCAGAAUUAAAUUCUUCCCCUAUUCCCCUCCUUCCCUCUUACUACUUCUCAAUUUACUUAUUUUAUGCAAUUGUGUGCAAUCUCAAAGAAUGGCCAAUUAUCGUAUCGGCUUGUAAGAAUCGCGGAGUAUAAUAUAAAAAUAAAAUCCUUGUGUAUA